AUAAAACAAACUUGAUGCAGUAGCAAAUAGAGCCGAAUAUUCCACGAAUGGGAAGUGGAUACCUUGUAGGGGAUCCAUUAGCCAUUCUCAAAAAUUACAGGUGAGUUCCAGUAAUUUCAAAACUCAUCCUGUUAGUUCAUACCCACCUCCAACCCUGUUCAGUCUCAUCAUCAGAAAAAUAGCUGAAGCUUCGCCUCCAGAGUAUCAAUGGCAGCUCCAUUUUCAACACUGUCGAAUGUGGGUACCCUUUCAGGUCCAAGAAGCCUCUCCAAGAACAAAAUUGUAAGCUCUACAUGUAAUGCUGUGAGGGUUCCUAGAAAUUUUCUCAUUUCUUCGAUUAUUUCAUCUUCUUCAAGCUCAUUCUCUGGCUCCUUGCGUCUUGCAACCCUUACUCCUUCCUCUUCUCCGAGGAAUUCCUGUCUUCUUCCUCCCGUCCGAGCAAGUGCUGAGGUUGUGGAUUUACAGUCGAAAGUUACCCAUAAGGUGUAUCUGGAUAUAGGCAUUGGGAAUCCAGUGGGUAAGCUUGUUGGCAGGAUUGUGAUAGGAUUGUAUGGUGAUGAUGUACCACAGACUGCUGAGAACUUCCGGGCUCAAUGCACAGGAGAGAAGGGCUUUGGGUAUAAAGAUUCCACAAUUCAUCGUGUCAUCAAAGAUUUCAUGAUUCAAGGAGGGGACUUUGAUAAAGGAAAUGGAACUGGAGGGAAAAGCAUAUAUGGACGUACAUUCAAAGAUGAAAAUUUUAAAUUAUCCCAUACUGGACCAGGAGUGAUUAGCAUGGCAAAUGCAGGCCCCAAUACCAAUGGGAGCCAGUUUUUCAUUUGCACUGUGAAGACACCAUGGCUGGAUGGAAGGCAUGUUGUGUUUGGGCAAGUUUUGGAAGGCAUGGACAUAGUCAAACUCAUUGAAUCCCAGGAGACAGACAGAGGAGACCGUCCAAGAAAGAAGGUGGUUAUCAUUGACUCCGGUGAGCUUCCAGUAUCUGAAGCUUGAUUCCGGCCAUCUUCCUUUUGCUCCAUUUUUAACUUCAGAACAGUUUUCCCAGUCUAAAAGGUUAUUUUUUCAUGAGUUUGGAUUUGCUGCGACGUUCUGAUCGCUUGUAUUGCAUCGAGUGCAUUACAGCUGGGUUGGAACUUAUUAACUGAUGAAACAUUGAAAUGUAUUUGUACAAAAUGAUAUUUGCUUAUCAAUGGAUUCAACCCUUUAACCUCAAAUAGGGAAGGAUAUUUUAAC